AUGAUUGAAGCGGCGCAAUUUUUUUUCAAAUAUCCAUCGAAAUUCGCUGUGAAGGAGCGCAACCGGCCAAAAUAUGAUUUCGUUCUGAAUCUCCAGGAAAAAAUGAACAUUUUUGGCAGGAUAGGAAGAAAUGAGCUGCAACCAGAGGACGGUUUGCGUUGCAGAAAUAACGAUAGUGACGAAGACGGUGAUGACAAUGGUUUGCUAUCUUCUUCGCCAGAAAGCUAG